AACUUCCAGGAUAACACUGGCGAUUAAUUUGAUGGUACCUAUGUGAAAUUGCGUUUCCUUGUUUUAGAUUUUUUUUUCAUUUGCGCGUUAUUAGAUCGCUUGGACAAUGUUAUCUAAAAUUGAAUAAAAUUAUAUUCAGUAUAUUCGUUUGUUAUGAUUUACCAAAUAUGUCAUCCGUUAUGAAAAAAUCUGUCAUGAUUAACACGAUCAAUUCACAGUGAUGCAAUAGAAAAAAAUGACUAUCGGAAGAAAAAGCAAUAUAAAAAAAAUGAAGACGAAAUUAUAAUUUGAAUCACAGUCCGCUAUCACCUUUAAAUUACGGAAAUUCUAAUUAUAGUAUUUAAUUAGUUUUGAUAAUAAAAUAUAUAAAGUAUGCCGGGUUUGGAAAAUAUGAAUCGGGGUGGCAGAAUCGCUCAGCAUCUUCAGCUAAAAUUCUUAAGGUCCUUCGCCAAGUCGUGUCCUAGGUUAUAUGGACUGUGCUACGAUCCUAUAGGGACACAUAAGAAAGCACGGGCUGUAAUAGGAUUCUUCUUAGGAUUUUUCUUGGGUGUUAUUUUUUAUGAGGUCAUCAUAUCCGAUCUCCAGUUUGAUAGGUACACCAGCCUAGCUCUUGGCGCUGUGUUAAUAGUGAUAUUAUCCAUCGGAUGUGCAGCCUCGAUUCAGGUGAGAUGUGUCUGCCUUUUGACGAUUCCAGCGUUCUGUGGCCGCGCGGGUCGUAGCGUGCUUAAGGCCCUGGUCCUGGGUUACGUCAUCGCUGGACCAAUAUUCAAUCUGACGUAUAACGGCAAGGAAGUCGUGCGAACUUUUGCCUGUACCACGCAGCUUACCCACAACCUGACGAAAACACGGUUCGACUUGAUGUUCAAACCCUUCCAAGAAGCUAUUUUUGGUAUAAGAACCGACGCCAACGAGGUGAAGGACACUUUAUCCUCGGUGAAGGAUCUGUCCAGUCCCAUCGUUGAAGAAAUUGAAGGUGAGGAAGAGAUGAGGCGAAUCAACGAGGAGAAUGAUUACUUGGAUGUGCUUCAGGAUGACACUAAAAGAAGUGAAGAGAUUAAAGAUAAAGAGGAGAAGGCCAAAUCUGAGGCUAAGUCUGAAGGAGAUAUUUAUGAAGCUCAAUACAGGGCGAAAAUUGAGGCACGCUGCGAGGAACAGAUGAGCAGAGGAUCGGAAAGAUGCAGGGACAUGUUUGGUGAAGGCUACGAUAAGUGUUAUGACACUGUGACAUGGAUAGCAGGAUGGCUGCUCUGCUGGCCGAUGAAGUUGACGUUCAUCUGCAACAUAGUUCAAGCUUUAGGUGGUUCCAGUAUCUGUGAUCCUGAUGGAAAGAUUGAUACUGGCAUUGGAGAGGGCUAUGCAAAACUAAAAAAUUCGAAGAACAAACUGAGCGCCAGUCUGAAAGAUGCGAAACUUCAGUUCAAAGUGAAAAUACCACCAAGCAUCGUAGAUGUCCGUGAAGCUGGUGACACAGCCAAAGCUGUACUACAUGAUUUUAACGUAAGAAAACAGCUCUUCGACACGGUAAUGACAAUCAUCAAAAGGUGUCUUGCCUUUGUGUUCCUGAAAAUCAUCAUAACCGCUCAAACUUACCACGAUAAGUAUCUGACGGACAUUGAAUUUGACAAUAUCUACGUAACGUCAUACUUCCGGAGGAUAGAUGCACGACGAAAAGCACGUGGAAGCCUAACGCUCUUGCCGAUGAAGAAGAUCGAGAGGGCUAAAUUCGUCGAUCCUUACGGAUUGAAGCCAAGUAAAGUCGAGCGAGCGAAUCUGAUUGGCCAGACGGGGAAGUUGAUCCUGGAGAUGGUCACGGCUACGACCUUCGUCCUCCUGGACAGACUGUUCUACGAGACUCUGGAUCUCGUCAGGCGUCAUGCUCACAUCGAGUACAUGCAAGCAGGCCGUCACGACAUGACCCUGGAUGUCCGCGGGACUGGAAUGAUUGCAACCAUGAUAAGAAGCGUCAUCAAAGGAUUCAACGUAAAGAAAAGGAUAAAGACAGUCGUCUCGAAUGAGGCAUGUCUGCCAAGACCCAACGAGCUGUCCAACUACGUCCUGGCAAAGAUUUACGGUACUUACCUUGGGAUAUGGAUCAUGCUGCUUCUGGCUGCUUAUACCCAACGUCUACGACGUUUAAUAUGCUCGUUCUUCUACCGGAAGAGAGAGAAGCGACGGGUCCUCUACCUUUAUAACGAGACUCUCAGACGUAGACUAGGAUAUUUUCGCUUCAUGAAGGGCAAGGUCAGAGCCCUUGUUAGAGCACGGCUUCUAGAACGCGACAUGGACCCCUGGGUAGCACUAAGACUACGUUACCCGAAGUUCUGUGGCUGGCUAAGCUUCUUCUCCUGCGCAAGACAAAAGUGCCUCAUCUGCGCUGAGCCCGAGACUAGAAAGGGUCCAAAGUUUCGUAGAUGCACAACACCAGGUUGUAACUUUGUUCACUGUCCGGAAUGCUGGAGAGACGUUGGUAGAAUUUGCUUCGCCUGCGCCAAGCUUCCCGAUACUGAUUCCGAAGAUUAUGAUACUCAAGGCGAAUUUUAAGAUUCUCAUCGAGUAUAGGUUCCCGUGUCCUUCAGGAUUUCCUGUGCUCCACCAUGUCCAUAUUACGAUAUUCUGCGUGACUUCACUUGGGCAUACUGCAAGAACUCCUGCAAUUGCCAAGAACAAUUUUCAUUAGUAUUAUCGUAACGACCAAUUUUAUCAUUCUCAUAGAUUUCUCUUACUAAUGAUCUACUGUAGGAUUUAUAAGAGACAAAGGACUGCAGACCUGAUUCAGUAUCUCAGUUCCGCAACAUGAAGACCUUUAUCG